AUGCAGGGCACCGUGAGGCUGUGGGUGUCGGUGCUGACUUUCGCCCUGUCGCUGCUGGUCUGCCUGGGGACGCUGGCAGAGGCGUACCCCUCCAAACCGGACAGCCCCGGCGAGGACGCCCCCGCAGAAGACAUGGCCAGAUACUACUCGGCGCUGAGGCACUACAUCAACCUCAUCACCAGGCAGAGAUAUGGAAAGAGGUCAAGUCCAGAGACACUGAUCUCAGACCUCUUGUUGAGAGAAAGCACAGAAAAUAUUCCUAGAUCCAGGUUUGAAGACCCUUCGAUGUGGUGAUGGAAUUUUCAGCACACUAUCAAAACUUUUCCUAGUUUUCAGUUCAUACUCCACACCUAUGAAGCAAUUCAUAGCAUCAUUCCCAGUGCAUGCAGCCAUUGUACUGAGUUCUGUAGAGUUUUUCCUUCAUCAUCUUUGUAUAUACCUUUAUUUAAAUAAAUUAUUUGUGCAUUCCAAAAUACAACAUAUUAAAUGAAAACAAAAGUGUUGUUUUAAACUAUUAAAACUGAAUUAUAACUUCUCU